CCUGAGACUCUCAAUUUCGAUCUAUACAUCUUUUUGAUGCAUGCUAGUGGUAACUAGCCUUACCGCGUUAGUGCCGUUGCCUCACGGAGAAGGCGGCAACGAGCUCGGGCGGAGGACGAACUUAUCAUGAUUGAUACCUGAGACUGGCUCAUGUUCAGAUACCGCCAUCUCCCUUUCUCCCGGUUUUGUUCUCUCCGCUCCUCGCGGAUCCCCUCCCAUGAGCAGAUAAAAUCAUGUCCCGGAGGACGCUUGGCGGUGGCCGCGUCCUGGGCAGUGGGAAGUCCCUAUCGCCAGCGGGCCCGACUCCGUCUCCGCAGACGAAGCCCAAAGUCCUGUCGCCCUCCGCCAGCAGCGUAUCGCUCAACUCGCAAGCCUCCGCGUCGCAGUUUUCCUCUGAAACCCAGGAUAUCACAUCUCGAAUAUCUCUUGAAAAUGGAGAUAACGCCAUCUCUGCUGCUCCGGCAGCUUCCGGCGCGAACCUCGUCUGUCCCAUCUGUAAUGAGGAGAUGGUGACCUUGUUACAACUAAACAGACACCUCGACGAUGUGCAUCAGAACCUCGAGGAAGAUAGGCAGGAUGAGGUUAAGGAUUGGUUCAAGGUCCAGAUGGAGAAGGCCAAACGGUUUCAACCGCUGGCCGUUUUGAACCAGAAGCUGAAGGGGCUGGACGUCUUUGAGUCGAACGAGGAUUACCAUGCUUCGUUGGCCGCGCAGAGUAGGCCCCCUGCAAGCAGCGCGGGGCCCGUCGAACCGAUAAGGACGCUGGAUCCAGAUGAAGUUGUGACGAGAGAACAUUGGCAACCACGAACACUCAAUGAUUUCUGCUUGGAGCCUUCGUGCGGGAAGAGACUGAAUGCUAUCAACGGCUGUGUUAAUUGCAGGAAGUGCGGGAAACUGUUUUGUGAGGAGCAUACGAUGUACCAGAUGAAGCUGUCACGUUCAGCGCAACAUGAGCCCGUAAGAGGUCUCUGGUGCAGGGUCUGUGAGACUUGCUAUAAGUCGCGAGAAGGAUACAAUGACCAUAAUGGAUAUGUGAGGGAUCUCACGGGCAGCUUCAAUGCUAUAAGAAAACAGAAAGUGGAUAAGAAUUUCCUUGAAGUCUCACGUCUCGAGAAGAGAUUGACUCGUCUUACUCAACUUCUCGCGACACUACCGGCAGACCAAAUUCAGUCCGGAGCGAAUAGAAGGUGGUCGCUCGCAUGGAACGGCGAGCAACGAAAGGCGAUAGAGCAAUCGGUUGUCAGUUGGCAAGAUGAUGCGAGUGUCGCUAGAUGUCCUUUUUGUCAACAAGACUUUACGAGUUAUACAUUUCGAAGGCACCACUGCAGAACCUGCGGGCGGGUGGUAUGCGGUGAUCCGGAGACUGAAUGCUCAGUUGAGGUUGGGUUGAGCGUAGCCAGAACUGAUACUUCGACGGAGAAGUCUAAUAUCGGCAAAGUCAAUGUCGACGUCAGACUCUGCAAAGAGUGUAGGACGACUCUGUUCAAGAGACGUGACUUCGAUGCAGACGUCAUGCGAACUCCGCCCGACGUACGGGCGUAUAACAACUUGGUACAGUUUGAAAGGGGCAUACGACUCUUGCUGCCGAAAUUCCAGAGAUUGCUAGCAGCGUUGCAAGACCCUGACAGGCCCCCUUCAACCGCACAACUUACCGACGCUUCAAAAGUACGGCGACGACUUAUUGAUUCGUUUGCGCAGUACGACAUCGCUGCGAGACGGAUUCGAGAUAUGCCUACUGAGUCUCGCACCCAGCAAAGACUGCAGAAGGCCAUCUAUCAGCAAGCCAGCAACUUCCUCCACUUGCAUAUGCUCCCUCUCAAGACUCUUCCGAAAGUUCUUAAACACGCCACCCCUCAUGGUCGUCUAGCAAACGGCGUUUCUGAUGCUAGCAGCCGUGCAACGCCCGGCUUUGCGAAUGGCCGGCCUCAACCAUCGGCCCUCGCAUCGAUCAAAUAUGGCAGUAACGCCGCCGGCGGCAGCAAUGCCAGCGUUAUUAGUGAUAACAGCAGUGCUAUUUCAACCCUAGAAGCAGAGGAAAAGUCGCUUAGAGAGCGGCUGAUCGUUCUCGAGGAGCAGAAGUUCUUCGUGUCAGAAAUGAUAGCGGACGCUAAUCGGCGCCGUAAAUUCGACGAAGUCAGCAGUCUUGCCAUGAACGUGGAAGAUCUCAGUCGCGAGAUUGACCGGAUCAAUGGUAUGCUAGCUCAGUUGGACUUUGAAGGCGUAUAUACUGGCGCUCAAAGGGCACAAACCUAGAGCAGCUACCUAAUGGUGCAUGUAUCUUCCCAUAUGGCGGAACUCGAAAUUUGAGCGUUGAUCAACAAUGCAAUGCUCAGCCGUUGUCCAAGUGCAGGAUAGGCCUAACAACGUCGGAUCUGUCUUGCUGGAGUCUGGGACUACUUAAUCUGCUUUACCACAGCCGCUUUAUUUCAUGCAGCGAGUUGCCCUUUUUAAGCAUUCCCGAAUAGGUCCCUUUGGCUGGCGUUUCACAGGAAGUUUCAUACG